CUGCCGACUGUCGUCAUGAGCAUUAUUUGCACUAAACCUGGACCGUAUUUCAUUCUUUGAACGCUACAUUUAAACACGAUGGGGAGAUUAAGCAAACGCCAAAUUCUCGCCAGGUCCAGGGUCAAAGAGUUGAAGCGACACAUGCUAGUGGAAGAAGAUUCCGGAGCCUCAGGUGUUGAUCAUAUGAAGCAGACAGGAUUUGCUGAAACAAAGCUUCCCAGCAAAGCCAAUGACAAUGGAGACGUGUACAGUUGCAUCACAUGUGGAAAAGGCUUUCCUGACAUGUUGCUACUUGAAAAACACGAGAGAAUCCACAGUGUACAAAAGUGCACUACAUGUGGAGAAGCCUUUUCAAACAUAAAAGAGCUCACAACUCACAUGAGGAACUCACAUACUGAGGAGAAGAAAACGCAUACUAUGCCCCCCCAAAAGUCCUACCAGUGUAAUAUGUGCGGGGAAACCUUCCCUAACCUCUCCCUGUUCAAAACGCACAAGCAAAUGCAUUAUGAGGAGAAGCCCUACAAAUGCACAGCAUGUGGCGAGGCGUUUUCCUCACUAAGGAUUCUAAAGGCUCAUCAGGCUGGCAAACAGCCGUACAACUGUCUUAAAUGUGGAAAAACUUUCUGUAACUCGUCACUGCUGAACAUACAUAUACUGAGUCUUCACACUAAGGUGUACAAUUGUACCGUGUGUGCACAGUCAUUUCCUACCAAGUCACUCCUCAAAAUGCACAAGCAAAUCCAUCGGGAGGAGAAAGUGUUGCAGUGUGCCACUUGUGGAGAGACGUUUUUCUCAGUUCAAGUUUUUAAGACUCACCAGACACUUCACGCUGGAAAACUUAAUCUGUUCAAUUGUUCUAUCUGCGGAAAAGCUGAUUUGACGUCGACAAGUUUAAAGGCUCACCAAAGAAUCCAUUCAGAGGGAGAAAAUGCAACAGGAGCAUCGCUGAUGAAGUUGAAGGUUCGCAAGAGAAUCCGUUCGAAGAAAAAAAAAUCAGUAGGACCAACAUUGCAACAUGGAGUUGAUUACCAAACAGUUGGGAAUGGUACGGCAUCAGCAGCAGCACCAGCACCAGCAGUGCCAGAGUUUGAGACAAUGUGGUCAAGACAGGAAGCUGAAUGGGAAGAAGAAGAGCCUUACGGCAUGGCUGACUAUGACUAUGACUAUGCCUAUGCGACUGCUGUGUUUGACGAAUCCCAUUCCCCCCCACCUGCCUUACCUGGCCAGCACAUCAAACAAGAAAACACUGCAGAGUUGAAACAGGAAGUUAAAGAAGAAGGACACAGCGAGCCUACUGUUGUAGAACAUGGAGAAGAGCCUAGUGUUGUAGAAUGUUGUGAUGCAACAUACUCUGACUGGGCCAUACCUGUGAAGAUCAUCAAAAAAGAAGAGCCAAAUAAUCUCCAUAUGGAUCAUACAGAUAAGAACACAAACAACACAGCGUCAUUUAAAGACGAAUUGGUUUCAAGUCUUGACAUUGAAGGGGAGGAGCAUUUUUAUGAGGACAGAAUUGAGAUCACAUUAGAUGAGCACCAGGGACCUUCUGUCGGUGUCAGCGCACCACAUCAGUCGGCCACAUUCGGAAAGGCGUUCAAACAAAGAGACCGUCUUGAUGUUCACUUGCGAUCGCACAGUGGAGAGGCGGCGUACCAGUGUGGCGUAUGUGGGAAGGCGUUCAAAACAAAACGAAGUGUGAACCGUCACCAGCGGGUACACAGUGGAGACAAGCCCCACGGCUGUGACGUGUGCGGGAAGCGGUAUACGUGGAGGUCUGGUCUCGUCGACCAUCAGAAAAUCCACACUGAAGAAAGACACUACUGCCACACUUGUGGAAAAGGCUUCCCCAGAGCGAGAGAAGUCAAGAGCCACAUGGCUGUUCAUCAGAGGACAAGACCAAAAAGGUCCUAUGAGUGCGAUACCUGUGGGAUGUCUUUUGAAAGGAAAAAGGACAUCCAAAGGCAUCAGAAGGUCCAUCGCAAAGCUUACAAGUGUUGGACAUGCGGGGAAGGCUUUCAAGAGCAGGACUCUUUGAUCGGCCAUCGAUGGAGAUGCCACCCUGAAGAAAUGAAGCUACUUCGUGAGGCUCCAGCUCCGGAGGGCGGAAUAGUCAACCAGCAAUCUCAUGCUGCAGAGGAAACCUGUUCAACUCCAGACAUUGCAAGCGCUGAACACCGAGAAGAAACAUCUGACAUUAAAAGGGAAAGGGAGUCCUGUGUCAUUGAGUCUACUGUAGACGUUAAACAGCGAGAAGAAACGCACGACAGGUCACUCCGCUGUCCCACCUGUGAGGAGGUGUUUGUGGAGGCGCACUCCUUCCUGUUACACCUACUUGCACACACAACAGAGAAAUCUUGUGCAUCUCUAAAGCAUCACCAUGACAGCUAUCACCAUGACAGCCAUCACCAUGACGACCACCAAGUGACAAAUCUCCACAGUGUGGCCGGUGAUGAAACCAGUAACGAAGAGCACCAAAGAAAUCAUCAACAUGCACCUUGUGAUGAAGAGGACUUUUCACAUCAACCUGCUGUGAGCGUCGAGCAGCGAUCUCGAGAAGAAACGUGUUCCACUCCAGACAUUGAAAGUGUUGAACAGCGAGAAGAAACAUUUGCCAUUAAAAGUGAAACAUUUGACAUCAGAAGUGAAACAUCUGACUUCAAAAGUGAAGGGGAGUCUUGUAUUACUGAGUCUACUCUGGGUGUUGCACAGCAAGAAGAAACAUGUGACAUUAAAUGUGAAACAUCUGACUUCAAAUGUGAAAGGGAGUCCUGUGUCAAUGAGUCAAGUCUAGGCGUGGACAAUGGUUUGAAGGCCCACCACCAGAGCGAUCAUAACAUUAUGACUUGGGAUGGAAAGGACUUUCCAAGUCCAACUAUUGUAGACAUCGACCAGCGAUCUUCUCUAGGAGGAGAAGAAACAAUUGUGGACAUUAAAAGCGAACAGGAGUCUGGUAUCACACAGCAUGGAAAUGCAGACGAGACCCCUAUGGAUGAGCACCAGGGAGCUUCUGUCAGCGUCAGCCCGCCACAUCAGUCCGUCACAUCUGAAAAGUCGUUCAAACAAAGAGACCGUCUUGAUGUUCACCUGCGAUCGCACAGUGGCGAGGCGGCGUACCACCAGUGUUACGUCUGUGGGAAGGUCUUCAAAAGAAAGCACAAUCUCAAGGACCAUCAGCAAAUCCACACCGGAAAGACACAGCGCUGCCCCACUUGUGGAAAGUGCUUUUCCAGAGUGAGAGAUGUCAAGAAGCACCACAUGGCUGUUCAUCAGAAGAUAAAACCAAAAAGGUUACUCAAGUGCGCCACCUGUGGGAAGGUGUUUACACUGUUGUACUACUUCAAGCUACAUCAGCGAACACACACACGGGAGAAAUCUGAUCAAUGUGCUCUAAAGCAUCACCAUGACAACCACCAUCACGACAAUUAUCAUCAUGACAACCACCUACUGAUAAAACACCACAGUCUGGCCGGUGAUGAACCCAGUCACGUGGAGGAGCACCAAAGAAAUCAUCAACGUGCACCUUGUGAUGAAGAGGACUUUCCACAUCAGACCGUCGACCAGCGAUCUUAUCCAGGAGAAGAAACGUAUUCAACUCCAGACAUUAAAAGCGUUGAACAGCGAGAAGAAACAUGUGACAUUAAAAGGGAAACUUGUGACAUUAAAAGUGAAAGGGAGUCCUGUGUCACUGAGUCAAGUCUAGGCGUGGACAAUCGUUUGAAGGACCACCACCAGAGCGAUCAUAACAUUAUGACUUGGGAUGGAAAGGACUUUCCAAGUCCAACUAUUGUAGACAUCGACCAGCGAUCUCAUCUAGGAGGAGAAGAAACAAGUGUGGACAUUAAAAGCGAACAGGAGUCUUGUAUCACACAGCAUGGAAAUGCAGAUGAGACCCCUAUGGAGUUGAAACAGGAGGUAAAAGAAGAAGGAGAAGGAUAUCCUAGUGUUCUGGAACAUGGUGAAGGAGAGCCUAGUGUUCUGGAACAUGGUGAAGGACAGCCUAGUGUUCUACAACAUGGGGAAGGACAAGGAGAGCCUAGUGUUGUGGAGCAUGCCGAUGGAGGGUCUAGUGUUCUACAACGUGGUGAUGCAACAAAGCUCUCCUACUGGGCCACACCUGUGAAGAUCAUAACUCUACAAGACUUGGAUGUUGGUCAAAUGAAUCCUACUGAAAUGGAACUGCUUUCAUCUGCCAUCACCAAAUUCGUGACUAUCCCAGAUGCAGUGAAGGAUCCAUUAAAGAAACACAGCUGUUCUGUUUGUGGUGACAGCUUCAAGGCCAGGAGAAGUCUGGAACUACACCAGUCCAUUCACACAGGAGAGAGGCCCUACCACUGCCGACAAGAGUAUUUCACACACCCCCUGCUCAUUCCCACUGGGGAGAGCAUAAACGAUUCUCGUCCAGAUCUGGUGUCUCAGUUCCAACUGAAGAGGUUAUCAGUGCGACUGGUCGACUGCCUUUCAACGCUAGGCCAGGAAGGAACAACUGACAAGAAAAAGAAAGAUGAAGACAAAACUGCAGCGGAGAUCUCUGUAACAUUAGAGGAGGAGGAGGAGGAGGAGGAAGAUGAAUUGUGCACUUCAGAGGACCCUGAAGAGGAUGGAAGAAGAAGCACUUCACUGGACACUAUGGGUCAGGGCUCCAGAGGGAGUUUUGAAACGGACGAAAGGGUCACAAUCACGGGGAAAAAACGAGAUGGCUUGAGGAUAUAUUAA